GCUUGCGUGACAAUUAAUCUCAAACAUCGUUUGUGUAAAAAAUAUAUUUUCCCUAUGUGCAGAAUAGAGUUCAUGAAAAUUAACUGAUGUGUUAAAAUGUCAAAUUCUGACAUGGGAUUUUUUAAAUAUCUUAGCAUAGUUGCUUUCCUUACAGCAACUGAAGUACAAGUUUUUGGUUUAAAUUUCACGAUUUCCAAAGAUCAAGUUAUAAUAGGUAGCACAGGAACAUUAACUAUGUCAUGUGAAAUCACAGAAUUAGAUGUUGAAACUAUCUACCUGAUUCAGAUACGAAGGAUCAAGUCAAAAAUGCUUUCAGGGACAGAUUCCCCUGAUUGGGAAACGUUAGCAUUCAUGGAAUUAGUUUCAAAUGAAAGUCCUACGUUAAGUGCAAAUAUCACGGCAAGUACUAAAGAUUAUUUCGCCGAUGGAGCUUGGAAUUCUGUAACACCUACUUCAACAUACCUUACACUGUCUAUGAAUAUUUCAAAACUUGAAUGUCACGAUGCCAGAGAAUAUUUAUGUGAAUUAGCCUACAAAAGCAAUAUCACUUCAGCUGUCAAGAAAUUUGAAAUGAAUGAAACUUUCUCAGCCUAUGGUAAUUUUUCCUUUGACUAUUACUCAUAUAAAUCCACGUGUACCGUUAAUUGCAAGAAGGAAUGGUUUAAUUGUUCAAGGAGCUUCCAACCUAUCAGACGCUGUGUCUGUUACACUGUAGGAGAUGAAUUGGAACUCAAUUGUACAGCUAAUAUUGGAAGCUUGCCAGAAACAUUAAUUCGUUGUAAUAUAUCAUCUGGAACCUCAUCAGCUGGUGAAUUUGAUGAGUAUCGACCAACAGCCGGUAAAUUUGAUGACGGAACGGCAAUCAGUGAUAAUCAGUGCGGAUAUACCAGAACUGGGUCUUUACAGUACAAAAUAACAUCAUCUGAUGUUCUAAGAGCUUUCUACUUGGUAUUUGAGUGUUAUGUUAGAGUCAAUAAAGAUCCUUAUGGAUCCUUUGUUACACAAACUAAUCCAAGAUUCUAUUUUGACGUCAAAGAAGAAACAACAACUACAAUACAAUCUACAGUAUCAACGUCAAUUGAGACACAACUAAUUACAACAGUCCAGACCCUUAAUGCGGAACUUAAGGAAAAUGAGAAAAACAUGCCACUCGGAAUAAUUGUAGGGACAUCAACUGGCAUUUUGACUGUAGGAAUUGUUGUAACUCUUGUUCUACGCAGAAAGGUCAUCUUAAAAGGUAGUUAAUUUAAGCUAUGUAAUAACCAUAAUUAUUGUACAACAUAUCUUUCAAA